AUGGCUCCUUGGCUGCGUUUCCUGGAGGCCUACAUGGUUCAGAUGCUUCUGCGCACCCCGGCAUUCCACCGUGGAGUUGAGAAGGUGGCUAGAAGUGUGCAUCGAAUCAGACACGGCACGCCCCCAGAGGAACUGGGCGGCACGAAGAUCGAUGGAAAGAGCAAUGACGGCUUCCUGCGCCACUUCAGUGAAGAAGUUCAGACCCAGCUAGGGAGAGCUGAGGCAAAGAACGGGGAGACUGCGGUAAAGAAUACCAGUGAGCAUGCGUCUGAAAAGAAGGGUCCUAGGGGACGCGAGUGGGCGCAAGAGACUGAGGAUGAGACGGCCGAUGCAGCCUGGCAGAACACGCAGAAGAGGGCGGCCGAACCACCCAAGCAGGGCUUUUUGGACGAGUACAUGGGUGCUUUGAGGGAGCAGUUGAGAAAAUGA